AUUAAAAGAAAGAAAGAAAGAAAAAUGGGGUCUCUCCAGUCUCCACUAAUUAACCAUCUCUUCUUUUCCCCCACCUUAAUUUGAUUCCUCCAAUGAUCUUCUUCUUCUAUUGGAUUGAACAUAUUCCCCUCUGAAGAAAAAUAAUCUAAAUCUGUAAAUUUUGUAGUUUUUCAUUACUCCAUUUCUUCUUCUUCUUCUUCUUCCACUUUAUUAAACUUCUAUCUUUUCUGUCCUUUUAUCUUUCUUCUCGCCUCUUUCCUGUUUGUUCUGCGGACUGAGAGGCCAAGGGGUUAGACUUGGAAUUUUCGUUCUGCUUACAGGAGAAUCUAAUUCUUCAGUUUUGGAAGAGAAGAGCCCUUAGGACCUAUUGAUUUUUUUUCUUUUUUUCCUAAAAAAAGCCAUGAGAAUACUUUUCUAAAAAUAUAUAGUGAAACUGGUUUGAAUUUUUCGAUAUUUUUAGUAGAAAAAGUGAAAAACACGGGUUUUUAAUCUGUUUGGUUGUUAAAUUCUCCCGGAAUUCAUACGAAGGGGGAGAAACGAAGUCUCUGGCAUGGCAAAACAUGGACCUUGCCGUCAUUGUGGAGUUACAUUUUUGUAGUGUUAACCUGGAGCUUAGGCUUAUGUAUUGUACCAUUGAAAGAGCACAAGAUGAAAAGAACGAGCCUUUUGCCAUAGUAUUAACCCAGCAUGCUAUAGUAGACAUACCAUUUGUAAAAGCCCCUUGUACCUGGCAAUUCAAAAGCUUGUUCGUAUAGAGUACUCCUCUUUGGCGAAAUGGACCCCCAGAAAAGCCGGUAUUAUGUAAUGCAUGUGGCUCAAGAUGGAGAACAAAGGGUUCUUUGGCAAACUACACUCCUUUGCAUGCCCGAGAACUCAGUGAAUGGGAAGAGCCUAAGGUUGUCAAAAUGAAAAAUAUUUCUUUGAAGUCCAAAGAACAUAGAUUGAAUAAAAGAAAGCAGAUGCAUGGUAUAGUGGAAAAUGAAUGUGAAAUGAGAUUUUCUGAAUUAGACCAAAACUACGUUAGAACCUUUGAGGGAAAUGCUAGCAAUCGAUCUAGCUCUGGAUCAGCAAUCUCAUAUUCAGAAAGCUGUGCAAAUUUUGGUGUUGCUGAUGCAAGUGAUUUGACAGGCUCAGCACAGUCGAAUGCCUUGGAUUCUUCACUAGUGCCAGUACCAUCAAAGAAGAGAAGUGUUAAACACCCAAAACCUUCUCCUGUUGAAAAGCUUACUAAGGUCCUAUGCUCCUUCUGGCAUGAGCAACAGUCAUCUAACCUCUCUGGAUCCUCAGAAGAAGAUUUACUUUUUGAACGUGAUAUAACUAGGAGUUCAGUUGAGAUAGGACAUGGAGGUGUUCUUCUUAGAUAUCCAAGUUAUAAACCUAUAGAGGAGGAAUCAGAAGCAAGCUCACUUCCAGCUGACAAUAAGUUAAUUAGUGAGGCAUAUUCAAGAUCUGCAUCAUUUCCUGUAAUUAGUGAAAGUAAAAGAACUCGUUCUUCUGAUGCUGCCAUUGACAAAAUUGAAAACUCCACAGUUCAUAUGUCACAAGAACAUGCUAAAAGCGAAAGUGUUUCGCCACAAAACCUCAGCAUGCUAGAAGAUAGAGAUUCACCUCUGAGGUUUGUUGAUCUUAAAGAUGUUGUUAGUCUUGAGGUUUUCAUGAAGUAUUUGACAAAUGAUGAGCAGCAGCGACUGAUGAAAUAUCUUCCUUCUAUUGAUACGGCUAUGCCUUGUGAAAGCCUUAAAAGCAUGUUUUCUAGUCCCCUGUUCAUGGAGAACUUAUCCUACUUCCAGCAACUUCUCCAAGAUGGAGUUUUUGAUCUCUCCUUUUGUCACAUGAGUGUUGGAGAAUGCAGGGCUCUGAAACUUGCUUUGCUUAAUUCUUUGAAAUCUGGAUGGGUGGAUCACUACGGAAAAGUGAAGGAUGUAAAACGCCAGCAGAGUGCUGUAGCAAAUGGGGGAGAAAACAGUGCGAAUUUUCUUCUGCGUUACAACUUAGCACCUAGCAAGAGGACUCGUCAGAUUCAAAAUGGGCAUAUGCAAGAUUCCAAGCGAAUCAUGAGGAGCCCAAAAAUAGUGUACAGAUCCAGCAACACCAAAUCUCCUUCUACAAAAUCGUCAGUGCUGAAUCCCACAGAAAAAGAAUCAAAGGAAAUGCUUGAUGCUGAUGGCCUUGUCGGCAAUGAAGGAGCUUGCGUCAGUCCACGAAGCCUCUUCGCAUGGCCUCCAUAUCCAAGCUCAGAGUUUCAAUUCACAGAUGACAGCUCUGAUCAAGACUUGCUGCUUAACGUGCGUUGCAGUUCUUCGUUCCCAGAAGCAGAGCUCCUCCUUCAUCAUCCCUGUAAUGAAAAAACAUCGUCGAACAGCUCUCGGGCUGAGAGUUGUGUUGCCACUGAGGAAGAGAGUCUCUGCAACUACCCAGCUUCUAGUUUUAGCAGCCAGCAGCUGAAUCACCAUAAAUGAGCUUAAUCCUAUGGAUGUAUAGCCCUUCUCUUAUUUCUCCUAUGAAGGGAAAAUUUUUAGGUCCGGUCACCUGACAGGAUGUAUCUCCUGUAUCUCUUUGUCUACAAUAAAAAACACAGCUGCUACAAUAACUGCGUUUUACUGUAAAUAGAUGGAAAUCGGGAUGUAUUCUUCUGUCAAGUGAUCAGACCUAUUAACUUUCCCCUAUGAAGAUGGGUGCUUUCCAUCUUCUGAUUUAGUAUAAAGGUACUUUUACUCUGCUCUGCUGAUGGUGUUUGCCUAACUUGAUAGCUGAAUGUUUCCUUGUAAUUGGUGUAGCCUCUUCAUUGUAUUUCUCAUUUCUCAGUAUCUGCUCUUGAUUUCCUUAUUAGCUUACUGAUAUAUCACAAAAUUUUCUAUCA